AUGCCGCCGACGAGGAAGAAAGCCGGCGGCCGAAAGCGCGACAAUGAGGCGGACCUUGCUGAGCUCGAAAGGCUCCGGAAGCAAGUUGCCGAACAGAGCAAGGCCUUAGAGGCUGAAGAGGCCCGCAAGGAAGAAGAGAGCCAGGCCAAGCGUCAAGUCAGCAGUCGGCGCCAACGCACACUAGUUCGCUGGGAUGUGGAUACCGACAUUCGUCUUCUACUGGCCAUCCAGUAUGCCUGCAAUAAAUCCAGCAUCAAGAUUCCCUGGAAGGAUGUCGCGGAGGUUAUGGGAGAGAAGUUCACGGAGGGUGCAAUCGUUCAGCAUUUGUCAAAGCUUCGUACCAAGCGGGAGGAGCAGGAUAAGCCAAAUCCGCCUCCACUGAAGCGUGCAGGAAAUGGCCACCACAAGACCGACGCAAGCAACAAGAAGGAGGCGCCUGCAAAGGCGGACCCUGCGCCGAGCACUCGCAAUGCAAAGCGCCGUCGCCGUGAUCAAUCCGAUUAUGAAUCCGAUUAUGAAUCCGAAAACAGUGUGUACGCCUUGAAGAAAAAGCAGUUUGCGAAGAGCAAGAAGAAGGACAAGGUCUUUGUUGCUCCCAAGCUGCGUACCAAGCGCGAAGAAACCGACAGUGAUGACUCACAAAAGCUGGUGUGUGUUGGAGCUGAAUGGCUGCGUGACUUCGACGGUGACGAUGACCGCGAGGAUGACGACGAAUCUUCUAUUUCUGAGGAGAACGAGAACUCCACUGAAAGCAGCCAGGCCACUACUCAAGCCACCAAGAAGUCAAAGAUGGUGAAACUCAAGCUGAACCGAGAGGAAUUCGCAAAUUGGGAGCGCCGCCUUAGUGACUCUGCAACUUCCCGAGAGCCAGUGACCCCAACCAACCCGCCGCACGUUACCGCCAACAUGGCACCCCGCGGUCCAGCCUACUAUCCUUACAUGCAUGCCGACUCUACUGCUCCAUAUUCUCCUAUUAUGGCCACCCCAUUCGCAAACAACUCUGGAGCUUCCAUCCCCUACCCGUCCAAUGGUCCAAGCCCAUUCGACAUUGUCAACCGUGUUCCUAACGGAAUUUCUGAUGCUGGUCCUGCCGCUGCUCCCAGCGCGGUCUCUGGUGAAGUCUCUGCUUUUGAUGAAAUGAAUCUUGCAGCGGCGUAUUCCCAGUUUGAUAUGGCCCCUGAAAUGCAAUUUGCGGACCAGUUUGGCGCUCAAGGCAAUUUCCCGAUGACCGGCUACACCGAAACCAGUGGUUUUGAGAACCAGUUCAUUUCUGACAGUGAACUAUUUGCCAACCUUCCAAACGUUGAGCCACCUCGAUAUCUUGGGUAUGACGGUGAAGAUACCAAGGAAUUUUAA